CCGAGACAAGUCAACGCACAAUAAUUUCCACAAGACUAGUAGCGAUAAGAACUAAUGAUUUCUUAGUCUCUAAUCAAAUCUUAUACUCUUCUAUCUCCUUUCUAGUUUCUACAUUCUUUUAUCGACCAAAAUGGGAGAAAGCAAAACUCUUCCUACGUCUUUGUGCAGAAACUGUGAAAAUCCGCUAGCUCUCGGUGAAGAUCUCAUCUCCAAAAAAUUUGUGGGAGCUUCAGGGCCAGCGUUUAUGUUUUCGCACGCGAUGAACGUGGUGGUUGGACCAAAGAUUGGAAGGAAAUUGUUAACCGGAUCGUACGUGGUGGCAGAUGUGAUGUGUAGUAAGUGUGGUGAGAAGUUGGGUUGGAAGUAUGUGGAGACCUUCAAUCUUAAACAGUGGUAUAAAGAAGGCAUGUUUGUGAUCGAAAAGCUAAAGUUGGCCAAGAAAUAUUGAAGCUUUUGUCAAGAAUACUCUUUGGGGAUAAAUUAAAAAAAGAUGUGGCUUAUGUAUAAUUUACCUCUAGUGUUUGUAUGAAUGUCAAUAUAUUGGUUGAUCAAGUUUGUAAUAUUUUUCUAUCACCGAGUUUGUGGUUAUAAUCACCAAAAAUAUCAAGAAAUAGCUUUUUUUUGGUUAA